AAGAGGACAGAGCUUCCAGGCAGAGGAAAGGGACGAACAUGCUUCUCAUGUACAUGAGACUGACACUGUAUAUUACAUGGUAAGAGAUGUCAUUUACACUCUUUUGAUCUGGGAGAAACAUCUUAAUCGAACAAGGGAAGAUAAUUAAGUCUGUCAGUGAUCAGUGAUUAAUCAGCACUUCUUCUUGUGACACAGAUCACCUUCUGCAGUUUCAUUAACCAGGUGGACUAUACGUUGAGGAAGUUCAAUUCCAUUUUGGUUGGACAUCUCUUGUUCUUUUGUAACAAAGAUUUUAAAAUGGGUCCCGGCUUGAAAGAGGAACAAACAAAAAGAGGAUCAAAAUCUUUUAAACUAACUUCUGUUUUUUUCUUGCUGAAUAUCAGCAGUUUUUUUGUUCCAGUCACAGGGUAUGUACUGAGGUCUUGCCAUAUCAGUCACAGAACUGCCAUAUGUUCCAAGAGGACACUCACUGCUGUCCCUCAAGAUAUUCCCUCAACAGUGAAAGGUUUGGACUUGUAUGGAAACAAAAUUUCAAAAAUCCAAGUAUCAGAUUUCAAAAAGCUGUCAAAUUUGACAGAGUUAAAUCUGAAAUGGAAUAUAAUCUCAGAGAUAGAUACAGGCUCCUUUACCAAUCUGAAUUCCCUCAAGAAGUUAAAUCUAAAUGAUAACAAACUUACUGGACUUGGAGACAAUGUUUUUGAUGGUUUGGGCAGCCUAACACAUCUCAGAAUGAACAGAAAUCAGAUCAAAACAGUGGCAUCCACCUCUUUUAAGUCCUUGACGAACUUGACGGUUUUGGACAUCUCCGUCAACAAACUGUACCGCAUAACAAAUGUUCAUACUAUAUUACAGCACCUGCCAAAUCUAUUGGAGCUGUCAGUCGCAAACAACAACUUAACCUCUUUUCAGUCGUGGGAACUGACAAACAGCUCACUAAAACUUGCCUACCUUGAUUUGUCUCAAAAUCCCAUUGGAGAUUUUAGGAUCACCGCAGAUGUUUUUCCUAAUCUCACCUGGUUAAACAUUGGGGGCUCUUCUAAGAGGCAUCACAUGAAAUGGGAUGUUCGUAACAAGACUUUUCUUCGCAGAGUGUCUACUUUUGAUAUUAGUGGGCUUCAAAUACCUUCAGAAGACAUGAAAACAAUACUAGAGACCUUCAACUCCUCACUGACGACAGUGAAGAUGAAUGAUAUGAAACACACAUACCUGAGAGCCUUAAUUAACAUCUCCUGCAGCAUCCCAACAGUGUCCUCACUUCAACUCAGAAGUAACAACCUCUUUUUUGUGAGUUCAAAUUUGUUACUGUUGUGUUUUAAGGUAACAGAGUUAGAUUUAGCAGAUAACUCAAUGAAAAAUAUCAAAGACGAUGCCUUCAAAUAUCUUCAAGGUAUAACGGUCUUGGCUCUGAAUCACAACAGGCUUUCAUCUGUUCCAGCUGCCAUAAGGAAUCUACCAGCUCUUGAAGAGCUAGAUCUCAGCAAAAAUAAUAUCACCACACUUGGGUGUCAUGAUUUCGCCAAUCUGACAAAGCUCAGACGGCUCAGCCUUCAUCAGAAUUCAAUCUCAGCUCUACAGGGGUGUGUUUUCAAGGAUUUAAUACACUUGGAAGUUUUAAAGCUACAGAAUAACAGCAUUUCUAAACUGAAUGAUGCUUUCAUAAAAUACUUGCCAAAUCUGAGACAACUGCAUCUGAAUUCAAAUAAACUCACAGCAAUUAAACGUGGGGAAUUAAGGGGCUUGCGGUCCCUCCAGAACUUGUCAUUACAUGAAAAUCAGAUAACAGUACUUGAAAAUGGGUGUUUUACUGGACUGACGAAUCUUAUGGAUAUCCAGCUGCAAAAGAAUCAUAUUAAAAGACAUAAAGAUUACAAAGAUAGUUUCAGAGAUCUGAUAAAUUUAAAACGAUUGUAUUUGAGUGACAAUAACAUUAAAUAUGAUGAGAGCUCAGCUUUGGCUGAUCCACCAUUUUCUCAUCUGUCCAAUUUGGAGACACUGGCUUUUACUGGAAAUCACCGCAGAGAGAAGUCCCAGCUGCCUUGCAACUUCCUGCAAGGCUUGACUAAUCUUUUAGAGUUCACUGGCAGGAAUCUUCAGCUUAUAUCCUUGCACAAAGACACAUUUAAUUACACGCCAAAACUGCAAAACCUUGAUAUAAGCUCAAAUGAACUUAUGGAUCUUUCUUCAGAAUUGUUUUACCCAAUUAGAAAUCUCAAAAGCCUCUAUAUAUCUAAAAUAAAUCUUGGGUCUCUAGACUUCUUUAAAGAUGCCAGCCUAACUAAGCUGGAGUUCCUGCAGGCAAGAAAGAAUCAGUUUUCAGUUUUCAGUGAGGAAGCACUGGAGUCCAUGCCAGCUCUGGAUUACUUGGAUCUUCAAGGCAAUAGUUUCACCUGUGACUGUGAUAACGCCUGGUUCCUCAAGUGGACAGAAAACAACCAGCAAACACAAGUUUUUGAUGCCUACAACUUUGUGUGCAACUAUCCUCCACACCUUAAAGGUAUGAAACUGUUGAAGCUCGAUGUCCGGUCCUGCACAGUGGACACUGAAUUCAUCUGCUUUAUCUCCACCACAUGUAUGAUCCUCCUGUUUAUGGUGGCAUCCUUCACCUAUCAUUUCCUGAGGUGGUACUUGGCCUAUGCCUACUACAUCUUCUUGGCUUUUCUCUUUGACACAAAGCAUAAAAACAAGCAAGCUCCAAAUCAGUAUGAUGCCUUCAUCUCCUACAACACCCACGAUGAGCCAUGGGUCAUCAGACAGCUGUUGCCAAAACUGGAAGGGGAGCAAGGCUGGAGAUUGUGUCUGCACCAUCGAGACUUUGAGCCAGGUAAACCCAUCAUAGACAACAUCACAGAUGCCAUCUAUGGAAGCAGGAAGACCAUCUGUGUGAUCAGUCACAGAUACCUUGAGAGUGAGUGGUGCUCCAGAGAGAUCCAGGUGGCCAGCUUCCGCCUGUUUGAUGAGCAGAAGGACGUGCUCAUCCUGGUGUUUCUGGAGGACAUUCCCACCACUCAACUGUCUCCUUACUACCGCAUGAGGAAGCUUCUGAAGAGGCAGACCUAUUUGAGCUGGCCUCGAGCCUCAGAGCACCCUGAACUAUUCUGGGAGAGACUCCGCCAAGCUCUGAAGACCAGAGAGGAUCUUGGGGAGGACGAAUUCAACCUGAUUGUGACGGACAGACCGUGAUGGAAAAGGAAAUACAACCUUCUGUGAAAGGUUCAGUCCCAGUGUGGUCAACUGGUUUGAGGUUUCUCAAGCGACAACCUCCAGGGCUGAAAAAUGAAGCCAACAUGGAAGUGUCAAAAACUGCAGUUCCUUGAGUGUCCACUUGGGGCUGGCUACAGAGGCAACUUAAUCUUCAUCUACCCUCAUGUUUAAUUAUACGAUAUGAUAUGAUACCAUACGAUAUGAUACGAUACAAUACGAUAUACUUUAUUGUCCCAUAGGGAAGUUUGUCUUGGACUCAUAUGCGCUGCAUACAAUAAAAACGCAGAUAAAAAGUACAGUAAACAAAACAACAAAUAACACAUAUCCCCUCCCCAGUGAAUUGCCCAACUUUACAGCAGAAAUAAACAUGUUUACAGGCUGGUUUGGGCCUCUAUAGCUAAUUUCAACAUUCAUGACAACUGUACAGGGGACAAAUUUUAAUAUAACUCAUCUUUUCACAUUUUAUGAAGGCUUAAAGUUCUCCAUAUUAUAGAGCGUUAACAAGUGCAUUUUAGCAACAUCACCAUCUUGUGCUAUAUUAUAAAUAUUUUUACUCCUGCACAAGCAUUCUGCAGGGGUGUGAAAGCAUUCAUAUGAACCCACUAAACCAGUUAAUUGGUCUUUGUAAAUUUCCAUGAGGAUUUUUGUGACGAAAAUCAUGCUUUAAGUACGAGUGAAAUACAUGAAGCAUAGUGAGCGUGUGAGCUGUGCUUUUGACAAACGUGGCAGAGAACUGAUAACGAUAGAUAAUAAAUGGGUGAUGGAUUAUAUCAAUGGAUAAAUAAUUGAACAGAGCUAGAUGCCGAAAAAUGAUGUACGUAAAAAACAAAACAAAAGGACUGACAACAGAUUGGUCCCAUCAAAAAUACUUAAAACAAGUAAAACAUCUGUGUAUGGGUCCCUCUGCUUGUUGGUUUGGUUUGAUAAAAAUCAUAAUUACUUUCGGAUUCAUUUUUCAAAUAGUACGGUAUAAACUAAUACUACCUAUGCCACAUUUUAACAUCUGAACAGUAUCACUUGACUCUUAUGGACAGAAUUCCGGGUUAUAACUGUGGUAACACUCACAGCAGGAGCGUAGAAAACACGUUUCCACAUUGUCGUGAUAACUUAUACUGUAUAUAUGCACUUUUUCGGUAUUUAGAAAUAAAGUAACUGGAAACCAGUUAAUAAUGUCACUUGAUAACCCAUCUAUAAGACUAUGUAAGUAGGCCUACUUAUAUUUUGAAACAUUGAUUAUGUGUAAAUGUUAUAUAGUCUGUAUUACUGUGUAAACACUGGAUUGAUUUUUUUGUUUGUUUUAUAUAUAUAUAUAUAUAUAUAUAUAUAUAUAUACAUAUAUAUAAAAAUGGUUUUAAGAUUAUAUAUAUAUAUAUAUAUAAUCUUAAAACCAUUUUUAUUCAUUUCAAGCUUUGUACAUACAUUGUAAAUGUUAGACUUGGUCUUUGUUCAGCCCCUAAACCUAAUUAUAAACUGUAUAGCCACGAUUUGUUCAAAUCCAUAGGGUUUUAUUUUACAUUGUAGUACAGGUGCGAAAGUUUUCAAAGUUUCUGAAUCUGUUGAGUUAAAUUUUGAGAAGAUGUGUAUUGAAUGAUGCAAAAUACAUUUAGAAUAUUGUUGAUUUGAUGUCUUGUAGCUUCAGUGAAGAGCUGGUGCAAGGUUAAACAUUACUUUUAUGAAACAGUCAGACUGUGGGGAAUAAGAUGAUUUUAACAACCACACAACUAUUUAUAGUGGAAUAAGUGUAUGUCAGGGGGCUUCACAUAUAUCAUUGUUUCAUUUGACAUGAUCUCUUAAUCUGUUACUGCAAAUUAUUUUACAUUUCAACUUUUAACUCUCAUUUUUAACUUUUACCUUGUUUUUUACCUUCUACCACUGAGAGGAGAUGCACUGGAAUUUUGUUGUACAUUUGUGCAAUGACAAUAAAGUAUUCUAUUCUAAACUUUA